AUGAUUUAUUUAAAUAUUAAAUCAUUGAAUAAUGCUGCACAGUCACCAUUUUUACACACUAAUGUAUUUCCAUUAACAAAUGAAGAUUACAUGAGAAGAUGUGCACCAGUUGUAAUUUGUAAUCCAAACUAUAAGUAUAGAACUUUCAACGGAUCAUGCAAUAAUUUAAAAGUACCUACAUUGGGCGCAUCUAAUACUCCAUUUAUCAGACUCCUCAAUGCUGAGUAUAGUGAUGGUAUUUAUAAAUUUCGACAACAAUCAAAUGGAUCACAGUUACCAGGAGCUAGAGAAAUUAAUACACAAUUAUUUUUGAAUAAUCAGUGGUUAGACGAUGAUGAACUGAAUGUACUCUUAAUGCAAUGGGGACAAUUUAUAGCUCAUGAUAUAACUCUCUUAAAACCAGACAUUUCUGUUGAAAAUUGUUGUGCAGUUCAAAAUGUAUCCAAAAUACCAACUCAAUGUCAAAACGUAAUUGAUAUACCUAUAAAUGAUCCCAUUUAUUUAAAUAAUAACAAGACAUGCAUGUCAUUUAACCGUGCAGUAACAUCGGCUAAUUUCAGUUGUCCAUUGAUGCCAGCUACAUUUAUGGUCGAAGUCUCUCAAUAUAUUGAUGGAUCUCAAAUUUAUGGAUCUAGUGAUACAGUAGCGAUGGGGCUGAGAUCAUUGAUAAACGGAAAACUCCGAUCAGAUAUUGUUAAGGGUAACCAAAAUGCUGGAGUAGAAGAAUUUUGUCCACAAGUGAAUCGAACAACUUUGCAAUGUGAUUCAUCAACAAAUUCUAGAGUUUGCUUUCAAGCUGGGGAUAUUCGCAUAAAUCAAAAUUUGGGAAACGCACUUCUUCAUAAUUUAUUCUUGAGAUUUCAUAACCAUUUAGCAUCUAAGCUGUUUUACAUGAACCAAUUUUGGACCGAUGAAAUGCUUUAUCAAGAAACUAGAAGGAUUAUUGGAGCAGUGAUUCAACACAUUACUUACGAUCAUUAUUUACCAAUUAUAUUAGGAGAAACGUACACAGAGUAUUAUGGUUUAUUUACUCCUCAAACAAUAUACAGUGAUAGUAUAAAUCCAUCUACAUCGUUAGAAUUUGCAGCUAGUUCAUUUCGAAUACUUCAUAAUCAAAUUCCAGCGAAAUUAAACUUCAUAGAUGAAAUAUACAAAGUUGCAUUUCAAGUUAAUUUAACAGAUUGGAUGGAUAGACCUGAUUUGUUAGCUAUGGGAAAAAAUGUUGAUUGGUUAAUAAGAGGACUUGUUGAAACUACAGGUCGUGAAUAUCAAGCAUCAUAUAAUCAAUUGAUUUCGAAUUUUCUUUUUCGCUCUAAUUUGCCCGACAUUACUGGGCAAGAUUUAUUAUCUAUUGAUAUACAGCGAGGGCGAGAUGUCGGUUUACCAGUAUAUAAUCAAGUCAGAUCAAUUUGUGGAAUAUCACGGGCCAAUUCGUUUGAUGAUUUAUUGGAUUUAAUACCUUUUAAAGCAAUACAAAUAUUAAAAACACUUUAUGCAACGGUACACGACGUAGACUUACAUGUUGGAGCAUUACUUGAGAUGCCAGAAGAAGGAUCCAUGGUUGGACCUACUACUAGAUGCAUAUUAUCUGAUAGCUUUUUUAGGUAUAAGUAUGGAGAUCGCUUUUUUUACGAUGUACAAGGACAACCUGGUAGUUUUUCACAAGAACAACUAAAAACGAUAAAGCAAAUUAACUUAGGCCAUGUCAUAUGCGCUACAACUAAUUUAUUUACUCUACCUUUAGAUGUUUUUAAAAGUUUACACGAUUUUUCUUCGAUUAAAUGGAAUUGUGAUGAACAUUUCAAAAUAGAUCUAGAAGCAUGGAGAGAAUUCAAGUGA